AUGUCGGCAGAACCUUCGGUUAACAACAAUCGUCAACCUAACCCAUCAGUUAAUCCUGCUCGUCAUAGCGAACAUGUAAACUUAGGAGAUGACAUGAUCGAUCGGAUUGCCGUCCGAGUUGCGCAAAUCCUUGCCAACGCACAGGGACGCGAACGUCAGAAUACAGAACGAUCAGGGCAAUCUGAGGGAAGCACUGCACCUACACCUACACCAACUCCACGAGAAGAACCUCGCCCAGAAAAGAAGGUAGAUGAUACGAAAGUAUCUAAAGCUAUAGAAACAGAAAUCUCUAAAGAGUGUAAUUACAAGACUUUCAUUUCAUGUAAUCCUCCUUCAUUCGACGGGAAGAAAGGUACUAUUGAGGCACAUGAAUGGCUAAGUGAGGUAGAAGCCAUUCUAGACGUCAGUGAUUGCCAUGAAAGAAAUAAAGUUAGGUUUGCUGUUCAUUUGUUUAAAUCUGAAGCCUUAUUUUGGUGGAGGAUACAAAAGCAAAAUAGAAGUGAUGAUUUGGCACAUUGCCUGAGUUGGAAGGAGUUUUCAGAACUGUUUACAAAUUACUUCUGUCCACCAAGCGAAACUGACAGAAUAGAAAAGGAAUUUUUGCAUCUUGAACUCGGGAAUAAGACAUACGGGGAAUAUGUCACCAAAUUCAAUGAAAUGUCUCGAAUAGUGUCUUACUUGGUGAACCCUGAAGAAAAUCGUAUUCGAAGAUUCCUGUGGGGACUCCCCACAGAAUAUCGCACGUUUAUCAAGUCUACCAAACCAACUACAUAUCAUGAUGCGGUAGAGGCUGGGGCAACUAUCGCCACUGAGAUCCAACAAAAGAAAACCCCAGAAACUAUCCCGAAAAGGAAAUGGGAAAACUACCAAGAACAAAAGAAACCCAAUUACAGAGAUUUCAAGAGGCAACGAGGACCCCCACCUAGGUGCCCAACUUGUGGAAAAGGACAUUCUGGUCCAUGUAACCAGUUAGUUUGUAGAAACUGUAAGAAACCUGGACACAACUAUCGUGAUUGUAGAGAGCCAUGUAAGUGUUUUAAAUGUGGAGAGACGGGCCACUAUAGUGAUAGCUGUCCUAAGAGGAAUGAGGAACCUAAUAAAGCAAGAGGGAGAGCUUUUGUUCUGAAUACUGAAGAGGCUCGUAGGAACCCUGAUGUCAUAACAGGUACAUUUCUCCUUAACAACUUUUAUGCUAAAAUACUAUUUGAUACUGGUGCUGAUAGAAGUUUUAUAUCUGAGCACUUUAGAGUUUUGAUUAAUCAGACUCUUUGUAAGCUAGAUAAGCCAUUUAUAGUAGAACUAGCAGAUGGGAGGGAAGAAGAAAUUGUGAGUGUGGUAAAGGAUUGUACCAUCCAGAUUAGUAAGACCCCAAUAUCCAUAGACUUACUACCACUGAAACUUGGAGAAUUCGACGUAGUAAUAGGAAUGGAUUGGUUAUCUAGUCACCAAGCUCAAAUAUUGUGUGAUAAGAAGCAAAUUCAAAUUAAGGACCCAAAAGGGGGAACUGUAACAAUUGAUGGGGAAAGAACUAGUAAACCCAUAAGUUUUAUUUCCAUGAUAAAAGUAUCCAAGUGUAUUCAAAAGGGUCAUUUAGCUUACCUAGUAUAUGCACUAGAGGCAAAGGAAGAAAAGAAACUAGAAGAGGUAGCAGUAGUGGUUGAAUUCCCUGAAGUAUUCCCUGACGAUCUUCCCGGGUUACCACCUGACAGACAAAUUGAGUUUAGAAUCGACUUGAUCCCAGGAGCAACCCCUAUUGUCAAAGCCCCGUACCGCCUUGCCCCGACUGAAAUGAAAGAGUUGAGAAACCAACUCCAGGAGUUACUGGACAAAGGAUUCAUACGUCCUAGCACAGAAGAAGAUAUACCCAAGACUGCCUUUAGGACAAGGUAUGGUCACUACGAGUUCCUAGUGAUGCCUUUCGGCCUCACUAAUGCACCAGCUGCCUACAUGGACCUUAUGAACCAAGUCUGCAAACCAUACUUGGAUCAAUUUGUAAUCGUCUUCAUAGAUGAUAUCCUAAUCUACUCUAAGAGUAGAGAAACACACGAGGGUCAUCUCCGUGCCAUUCUUAAGUUACUAAAAGAAGAAAAACUUUAUGCCAAGUUCAGUAAGUGUGAAUUCUGGACUAGGGAAGUCCAAUUUUUAGGGCAUGUUGUUAAUGAAAAAGGCAUACAAGUGGACCCUACAAAGAUUGAAGUAGUUAAGAAUUGGGAGGCACCAAGAAAUCCCACAGAAAUUCGACGUUUCCUAGGGCUAGCAAGGUAUUAUAGAAGGUUCAUUCAAGAUUUCUCUAAGAUAGCGAUGCCUCUAACGACACUGACUCAGAAAAAUACCCCAUUUAUCUGGGGCAGCCAACAAGAAGAAGCUUUUAAUCUUUUGAAAACAAAGUUAUCCAGUGCCCCAGUACUUGCAUUACCCGAGGGUACCGAAGAUUUUGUAGUAUAUUGUGAUGCUUCUCAUUAUGGACUAGGGUGUGUGUUGAUGCAAAGAGGCAAAGUUAUCGCCUAUGCAUCUCGACAGUUAAAGAUACAUGAAAGAAAUUACACCACCCAUGAUCUAGAACUCGGAGCAGUAGUAUUUGCCCUCAAGAUAUGGAGGCAUUACUUAUAUGGAACUAAGUGUGUGAUCUACACUGAUCACCAAAGCCUAAAGUAUAUAUUUGAGCAAAAGAUGUUGAACAUGAGACAGAGGAGAUGGAUGGAGUUGUUGAAUGACUAUGAUUGUGAAAUUUGUUACCAUCCAGGAAAAGCUAAUGAAUUGGGAACAAAAGUAAAUUUAAGUACGACUUAUCACCCACAGACAGAUGGCCAAAGUGAAAGAUUAUCACGCAAGCAUCAAGGCGGCUCCGUUCGAAGCACUAUAUGGAAGGAAGUGUCGUACCCCAGUUUGUUGGACUGA